AUGGUGGCCGGCUCCAGGUCGUCAUUGAGGCGUCCUACGUUACGAGGUCACAAGUCAUCCAGGUCGAGCAGUCCGCUAAUCGACCACACGCCACCUCUGCUUCCGCAAUCCGGCGACGGUGGAACUGCGCUGCGAUCCAAACGCGUCCGCACUUCUACCAUCUCUGGACAAGAACAAGAUCUGAAAAGACGUCGUCUGUCGACCAACAAGAACGAAAUACCCCAAUUACGCAUCCCGUUACGAAGUCGAAGGGGCGUACACAGAGGCGUCUCCCCGUCCCCGGGGCCUGCCCCCGAAGCUUCGCUGCCCACGCUACACACAACCAAAUCAUCUCCCGUCAAACCAACCGACUCACCCAGCGGCAAACCACAAUAUGACCAGAUUCGAAUCAUUGAAGAAAGAGCCAGGGCUUCAAUUCGAGGAGGGCCGUUGUCUGCGCCUCAGGAUGAAAGACGAAAGCUUCGAUCUGAGGAUGGAGGGUCCCGGGCGAAGACGGAGCUUGCACAGUAUUUCCCAGAAUUCGAAGAGAUGCUCAGCUUGAAGCCCCCAGAUCCAGAAGCAUUAACUGUCCGGACCAGAGUCAUCCUCGUGGAUGAUACUCCUGACUUCAAGCCGCAUCCCCCCAAGCCUGACCCAUUUGGCGCCCAGAGGCCAUUGCACAAGACAGAUAUCAUCCAUCUGAGCCGGCGUGGCGUCUCUUCCGAGGCCGUUUCCAGUGAUCCUUUAGGUGAAGACGCGUAUCUCAAGAUACACGGGAAAGCCGAGAGACAUGAGAAACAAAUGAAAAAUGGUGACAGGGAGAAAGCACAACAUGAAAAAUAUCAACUGGAAAAGCUUCUAGAAGACCUCCGCGGACCAGACUGGUUGAGGACCUUGGGAAUCACUGGCAUCACGGAGACGGAGAAGAAGCGAUAUGAGCCCAAGCGAUUGCUGUUCAUCCGAGAGACUCAAGCAUUGAUCGACAAAUUCAAAAGAUGGAAAGAGGAAGAAAAGCGACGAAAGCUAGAAAGAGAACAGGCACUUUUGGAAGAGGCUAUGGAAGAGGAUGACGAAGCCGACGAAGAAGAGGGCAGCGCCUCGUCAGUCGAGGAAGGAGAGAGUGUUGACAGUGAGUCGACGCAAGCAGCAAAUUCAAGUGAAAUCGACGCGCUUGCAUCCAAACAGCUCAUCGAAGAAGCAAAGAAUGCCCACAAACGGAAAAAGCCCGUGGAAGUGUCAAUGAUACCGCCUCCCCCCAAGCCAUUUGUCUCUUUUUUUGAUAAACGACACCUGCGAGAUGCCGCGGUGGCUGGGCGUCAACGUGGACGUACUAUCUUAGCAUUCGGAAAACCUGUUCCUGAGUUUGCAGAGACGGAUUUCGAGCUGCCGGACGAUAUUCUUACAGAAGAAGCAAUCAGAGCAAGCCAACGGUCACGCAGACGACUGCGUCGGGGACUCGAUGAAUGA